UUCGGUUCGGUUCUGAUAGCUCGCCGGCCAUUCCUCUUAGGUCGACGCUCCUCAGCAGCUGCUUGAGCCGCCCCCAUCCCCGCCUAGCGCUUUGGUCCAGCGACCGCAGAGACGUCCGAGAGCCCUGUGUCGGUUGAGAAGAGAAACACUUGUGUGAUCCGAUUUCCUUCUUGGGGUUUACGUAGGAGGGAUACGGAUCGUAACCCUAGCUCGUCGAUCAUUGUUCCUCCGCGCUUCUCCUUUUCUUCCUCCCUAUUUGUUCCACCGCCUCCUCGCUCGUUUUCUUUCGCCCUCCUGGAAACCAACCCAUCUUUGGAAACAAAAGGUUCAUUGGAUUUAUCACAAGGCACCCUCUGAAGAGGAAAAAAGAAGAUGAGGCAGCAAUGUCUGUGGAAUGUGCUGUGCACUUAGCAAAUUUGAGGCUGGCUAAGAUAUCUUGGAUAUGGGAUCUGAAGCUAUACAAGCUGCAAAGGUGUAUCGCAGUCUUCUCAAAGCUGUAAAGAAAUAUAUUGGUAAUGAUGGCAGCAAAAGGCAUUUCAGAAAUUACAUCACUGAGGAGUUCCGAAAAAAUGCUUCUGUGUCUGAUCAGGCUACAGUUGAGAACAAAAUCAAGCUGGCUCAUGAGUACACUUUCCUACUGAACAGUGUGCACCAUCAUAAGGAAUUGCUCUUUUCAUACAACAUAGCUGUGGAUCGAUCAGAUGAAAUGAAGAAAGUAUUGAAUAAAUCUGCUGCCAGUGUGGGUCUUCGGUUACCUGAAGUUUAUCAGCCUUGAUUGUUGGUUUUUUGAUGUUUCUGGAUAUGCUGAGGAUCUCUCAGUUGCCUUUAGAUUAAUCUAAAAUAACAUUCUCUCCCUUCGGCUAUGUUGGCAUUAACGAUUUCAGCCAAUAAAGUGUCAACCAUGGACAUGGAUGAGCAUAAAUAUGGAGGACUUUUGUCAGUAGCAUUUUUUUCUGUCCCACCAAUUUCUGUAUCCAAAUUCUUCAGUGUAGGCCUUAUGACCAAGUAAAGGCUGGUUGAGGGAAAAUUAAAGUGGUUAGCAACUGAAGCAUUCUCAAAGUCAAGCUUUGCGAAACUGUUAGAUUUUGAUUGGCCUAUUUGAGAUGAUGAUUCUAUUGGCAUUUGGUGUAUGCAGAGUUUAAAUAGGUUUUCCUUCUUACCAAGCUUGCCUUUUACCGUUAUUGUUGUUGAAUUACGUCUGAUAUUUGUAACUUCAAAUUUACACGGAAACCCUCUGUCUAACGAAACCAUUACCAUAUUUUUAUUUUGAAAUGUUGGAGAUCUUGUAAUGGAGUCAUUCGAGUUGUGCACUUAGUAUGUUAUUCUCAGAACUGCUUGUUUGUGCUUCUUGUUUUGAUAUAUUGAUACAUCAUUUGAUGCCCUGC